AGGACCAACACGCAACUGCAACAACCAACCAAAAUAGUGUUGCGCAAAUCAGGCUAUUGCAUAGGUCGUGGACUAGAACAAAGGAAUCAAAAGUAUUAUAUUUGUUAAGAUAGGUUAAAGUGAGUGUGUCGAUGUGACGUGAGAUAGUGUUCUCGAUUAAAUAACCACCUUAAAAUUUUAGUUAUUUUUGGAACUGCUCGAGUGUUAGUGUUAUAAUGGCUGUGAACAAUCUUUUCAAUCGACUUAAAUUUUGGAAGAGGACCAUAAACCAAGAUCCUUUGGAUUCACAGUUAACUCCUGAACACCGGUUGACAAUCACACUGAAACGUUACGAAAUAUAUCUAUCACAUUUGCAGAGUAUUGUAAUGUGGGAUAACCCUGCUGUCAGUGUCCUGUGUAUUUUAUUUGUUAACAUUCUUUUCUGGAUUUUCGUGUCACUGGAGUGGAGAUUCUACGGUAUCAUCAGCUCCGUACUGCUCGCCCUGUCCAUCCACGAUGCCUGGACAGGUCAUGUGUGGCCAGAGAUCAGCGUGGAGGGGACACCUCCUCCCUCCCCUGACAUGACAGACCCAACUCCUGCCCAUCCCAGUGUUGUGGCUGUGAGCAAACUUGUAACAAGCAGUUGCACUGUUGUGAGACGUUGCGUCUCGUGGAUGCGCAACCUCCGGCUGCAACAGCCCGGCCUGUUCUGCUGCCUCUGCUCACUGCUGUGUUCGUGCCUGCUUCUGCUCGGCCGAUCAGUCUCAGGACUUGCGCUCGUCUACCUGCUGCUCAUGAGUGCACUGCUCGGCCCUGCGCUCGUAGUCAAGUUUUUGCCGCCUCAAAUGAAACAGACAGUUGCUCAAUACGCUGCUUGUGUUCAACAGGCCUUUGCCAAAUACUCGACCAAUGACGCUAGUGAUGAUGAAUAUCUGCCCAUCACUACCAGUGAAGACAUAGCCCUACUGACCCGGGCCAGUGACAUGCACCAUGACACGUACGACAGUGUAACCAACCCAGAUACCUCGUCAGAUAUUGUGUCCGGGUUGGCUGUGAUGCCUUCUCACGAGGAAGAUUCCCUCGGUAAUUUGAGUGAUCUGGAACCUGGUGCCAGCCUAUUGCCUCUAGACACUGUGGACGAUUCGGACAGCAAUCCUGAUGACCACCAAAUACAGUUCCAAAGUGGACAUUUCAAUGGCGAUUCCUCGAGUGACGAGGAAGCGUUCUCGAAAGACUUGGUAUUCACGGAGACCGAGGAAAGGAAUGCCGCAGUGCUGCAGGGCCUCUCUAGUUACAUCUCUCAGGCUGUGACCAGUAACGUUCUCAGCUCAGUCAGUUUGCUGGCGAAUGUGAUGCGGCCACAGCCGACGAUAACCAGGGAGGCGGACUCCGACAGUGACAAUGAUGACUAUAUUUAACUUCCUGUAGAUUUGAGUGUGUAUACCUGACAGAUUGUGUGUUGAUGUAGGCUGUGACCAGUAACGUUCUCAUCUCAGUCAGUUUGCUGGCGAAUGUGAUGCGGCCACAGCCGACGAUAACCAGGGAGGCGGACUCCGACAGUGACAAUGAUGACUAUAUUUAACUUCCUGUAUAUUUGAGUGUGUAUACCUGACAGAUUGUGUGUUGAUGUAGGCUGUGACCAGUAACGUUCUCAGCUCAGUCAGUUUGCUGGCGAAUGUGAUGCGGCCACAGCCGACGAUAACCAGGGAGGUGGACUCCGACAGUGACAAUGAUGACUAUAUUUAACUUCCUGUAGAUUUGAGUGUGUAUACCUGACAGAUUGUGUGUUGAUGUAGGCUGUGACCAGUAACGUUCUCAGCUCAGUCAGUUUGCUGGCGAAUGUGAUGCGGCCACAGCCGACGAUAACCAGGGUGGCGGACUCCGACAGUGACAAUGAUGACUAUAUUUAACUGCCUGUAUAUUUGAGUGUGUAUACCUGACAGAUUGUGUGUUGAUGUAGGCUGUGACCAGUAACGUUCUCAGCUCAGUCAGUUUGCUGGCGAAUGUGAUGCGGCCACAGCCGACGAUAACCAGGGAGGCGGACUCCGACAGUGACAAUGAUGACUUUGAAAUCAUCAACCGCGAUGAGCUCAACAACCAGGAGUCGUCCUAGACGACCGGUCCGAUAGUCAAGUAUGGAUUCAAAUCUCGCAGCGAUUAUAGAAAUACUCUUUUUUUACUUUUAUAAACCAUGGUUGAAAAUGUAGCAUUCGUUUUUAGUAGGCAUAAUUGUGGUAUGUUGUUUUAAAAUAUUUUAACUCUUUCUAGUAAUUUGUGGUCCAGCUGGGGUCUUCACAUAGUGACUUAAACAAAUCCUGUAUAGGUUGUUUAUACUAGUGACUGAAGGGCUUUAUGCCUUUUCUGAAGAACGAAUGACUGGUUUUACCCUUGUUCUGAAGAACUGUAGAGUACGUCUUUCUAAUGAAGACACUUAAAUCGAUUCAAUUAAGACUUGCCAAUCAAAUGAAGGAGUCUCUAAUAUCCUUUAAAAAUAUUUACUUUUUUGUAAAAGGAGCGUCUUCGUACAAAGAUCAAAUACAGAGAUACCCUUCAUUUGUAAUUGAAAUACAAUAAUUUUUCUUGUAUAAAAUUUUGCAUUUUAACCUGAAGACAAAGAUAAUAUUUUGUUCUCUGAUGAAGUUUACAUGUAAAUAUUAUUACCCCUUUUACCAAGCAAAAUGGUCAAGAAUGUUUAUUAAUUUCUGACAAAAAAUAUUUUUAACCUCAAAUUAUCAGUGUUAUUCUCAACUCAUAUUCCUGUAAAGUACUUUAAUAUCCAUUUAACGAUGUAGCAGGCCUUGUACAUGACAUUGUAAAUGUUGUGAAAGAACUGUUUCCAUCCUGUGGAAUAUUUUGUGAGAGUUUUACUUAAAGUCGCUUGAAUCCAUAUCUUGUGUGUUAGAAUGUGCGAAAGGUGCUACAAUGUUACUGAUACAUGUGUGAUAUUUGUUCAAACUAGGUUAAGGACUCAAUAUUUAUGUUUUAGUGAAGCGGUGGCCAUUUUGGACCUAAUGACAGGGUACUUUUUUGUACUUUCAGCUUGUAUUUAUUAAUUUUGUACUUGAAAUAAUGCAGAUUAUUGUUGUACACAUUUAAUAAAUUCAAAGAAAACAAAUUGACAUGCUGUUCUGAAAAAUAGUUGUGAAAAUCAUCAGAAGCAAAAUUUAUUAUACGUCAGUGAAUAAGUUGUUUUAAAUAUUUAGUUUUAUUUUAUUUUAUAGUUCUGUUAUUUAACCACAAUUAAAUUUAAUGUCAAAUCUGUUCUAGUAAGAGUUACCAGCUCUACAGGGUAAUCAAAAAGUCCAUAACCCCUUCUAGUAAUUUGUUACAUAUUGAAAAUAAUAUACCUAAAGAGAUUUGUUUUUGUUGAAAAAAUAUCAUCCAAUUCAAAAUUUUUAACCUCAACCCUCUCCCUCCUGUUGGAUUUUUGGAAAGAAGAUAAAAAGCAUUUUGGCACAACCUGGAUGUCUUUAUGUGUUUGAUAUUCAACGUUUAAAUUUGACACAUUACAAAAAAAAUAUUGUAAUUCUAAUUAAAUAUUUAGAAAUAAUUUUAAAUAGUUGAUUUCCAUGCCUUAAGGGGAUAUUGGUUGUUUGUCUUUGUUGGGGAAUGAAAUUUUAUAACAGGCUUGGUCUUGCAAUUUCAUCUUAACCUCUUAAAAAGUGAGGGUAAUGUAAAUUAAUAAGUUUUUUUCAGUAUAGAAAGCUUUGAAGAAGUACAAUUAUCUAUAAAAAUUACAGCACUGGUAGUCUUACAACUGCAUCGUUCAAAACCGUCUUUCCAUGUGAUGCGCUAAUGGCACAUCAUAGUCACUGCCAGUGCCAAACAUAUCAUAACCAAAUAAAAGCUAAAUUAUAAUUUUUCAAGUCCAUAAACCGUGAGCCAUUUUUUAAAACCCUGGCAUACAAAAAUAUUUGAUUGGCUUAGUCAAACAUUUUGAAACUGGAGACAAUAAGCAGUAUAUCAAGCAUAGUGAAUCAUCACUGCUGGUUUCCCGUCCCAGAAAUUAAAACAUCAAAUGUUGGUCAUCUAUAUGCACUCGAUAGAAGCAGAGCAACAUGUCUAUGCUAUCUGUGCUAAACAAAGAAUCUAGGUACAUUAUUAAUAUUUAUUUCAUAGUUUUUCAGUUCCUAAACUUUUCAAAAAGACAAAAAAUGAUAAUAGUAUCAAUGAAUUACCAAUUGAGUAAUUCAUGAGCUGCAAAACCGAUUUCAAUACAAAAUUGAUUAAAUGUUGAUUUGUCAAAAACCAUUAAAUGGUUAAAGUGCUUUUUCAGUUUGUAAUCUGACAAUUUACAUUUUACUAAAGUAGUACAGUAUAAAUGUUCUAUCUUAUACUUUAAAUUUUGAAUCGCCAGAAAAAAAAUUUGUUCUGCAGAUUAUGCUAAAAUGCUUUGUUUUUCUUAGCUUUCCAAUAAUGCAUCCCUAAGGAGAAUUUCAGUUAGAACACUUCGUGAAGGGAGGUAUCCUCCACCUAUAGGAGACACCUCUUCAAAAUUUUUGAAUGUCAAAGAGUAGAUCCAAUUUGACAUAGACAUGUCCUCCAAGAUUGCUAUUUAAUUUACACUGUUGUUCAAAAAUUACUGGGCUCGUGGGGACUUUUUGAUAACUCUGUAAGUACCAGUUUUCUUUUCUUUCUUGUUCUUUUUUGUGUCACCUAAUCUACCAUUACACAGCACAGAAGAAUGUUAAACCCAAAGAGAUAUCAGUAAGAAUGAAUCGGACUCUCAGACCUAGCAGUAUUGCUCUGGGUGGGAUAUCAUGUCAUCAGUAAGAAUUAAUCAGGACUCUCAGACCUAGCAGUAUUGCUCUGGGUGGGAUAUCAUGUCAUCAGUAAGAAUGAAUCAGGACUCUCAGACCUAGCAGUACUGCUGUUGAUGAGAUAGCAUAUUUCAUCAGUAAGAAUGAAUCAGACUCUCAGACCUAGCAGUAUUGCUCUGGGUGGGAUAUCAUGUCAUCGGUAAGAAUGAAUCAGGACUCUCAGACCUAGCAGUACUGCUGUUGAUGAGAUAUCAUAUGUCAUCAGUAAGAAUGAAUCAGGACUCUCAGACCUAGCAGUAUUGCUCUGGGUGGGAUAUCAUGUCAUCAGUAAGAAUGAAUCAGGACUCUCAGACCUAGCAGUACUGCUGUUGAUGAAAUAUCAUAUUAAUGUCAUCAGUAAGAAUGAAUCAGACUCUCAGACCUAGCAGUAUUGCUCUGGGUGGGAUAUCAUGUCAUCAGUAAGAAUGAAUCAGGACUCUCAGAUCUAGCAGUACUGCUGUUGAUGAGAUAUCAUAUGUCAUCAGUAAGAAUGAAUCAGGACUCUCAGACCUAGCAGUAUUGCUCUGGGUGGGAUAUCAUGUCAUCAGUAAGAAUGAAUCAGGACUCUCAGACCUAGCAGUACUGCUGUUGAUGAGAUAUCAUAAGUCAUCAGUAAGAAUGAAUCAGGACUCUCAGACCUAGCAGUAUUGCUCUGGGUGGGAUAUCAUGUCAUCAGUAAGAAUGAAUCAGGACUCUCAGACCUAGCAGUACUGCUGUUGAUGAGAUAUCAUAUGUCAUCAGUAAGAAUGAAUCAGACUCUCAGACCUAACAGUAUUGCUGUUGGUUGAAUACUGGGAUCAUAUGUCUCAGUUUUAGUUAUCGUCUUCUAAGUACUUGUAUCUCUUGACGAAUGUACAUUUCUUAAAGAAAUUGUAAUAAAGAUUUUGCUUGAUUGAUUGAGUAACAUUAUCAAGGGUUCUGCAAGUACCUGCAUAAUUUGGGGUUUUUGAGAACCAGUUAUAGUCAUGUCUUUACGGUCAGAUGUACCAAUAAUCCUGGUGACCUAUAAUUAGUCUCGGAUGUUGUUGCGGUGUCGUAAUUAGGAUCUCAGUCUGGUUCCUGUUGAUUACAUCAAAUUUUGGGUCUCAGACCUAGGCAUGGUCCUGAGGAUCAGGAAAUCCUCCAAACCUAAACAUGAGAUAACUCCCUCCCUCCCACCACUCCCCUCAGCAGGCUAACAGUUUCCAUAGAUAUUUAAUAUAGCACUCAAUACAUUUUCAACAGUUAUAAAUUGUCAACAGUGUCUAUAAAAAGUGAAUUUGCAACACUGUUUCCCACAUUGACUCUGCAACCCAAAGUGGACAGAUAACUAGAAUGUUUUCUACUGGUUGAAGAAGAUUGCAGUGCAAUCGAAAAUUUCUAAUUAUGUGUAAUUUCAAUCAGUAGACCCUAAAAGAUAGUUUUCAAGAUAGGUCUAGCUUAUUUUCCUAUCAACUAGUAAUAACCAUUAAGUAAUACAAAAAUUUUUUAAAGAGGUAAUGGGACUCUAAAUAAGCGAAAACUGAAAAUUUCUGAAUGUGAAUGUGAAUCUUUAUCUUUCCUUAAAACAACGUAAACGUAUAUAAUUUAUUUUAAAUUGUUAAAAAGUAUAAAUAUUAACAAAACUAUAGAUACUGUUAUUAUUUGAUGCCAUCUUAGAAUGGAUAAGUUUUCGCUAAAGAGCAAUCUAGAUCAAAUUUAAGUGAUUAUGUAUGAUUAGCAUAUAAGCACAAGUUGGUACUGUUAUAUACUGCUAGAGUUGAUGUUAAUACAUAACAAAAUAAGGACUAUUUGAAGGAAGUAAGACUGCUUUCUUUUACAUAGUAGAUUUAUGACUUUUGGAGUUAGUUGAUUUCGUAUGUAUUGUGCUGAAAAUGGAAUACUCUUGGAAAGGCUGUACUAGGUCUACACGUGAUAGAAAAGAAAACUGGAUCACUACAAGUAAUUUAGAGAGUAACAGAAAACAAAUAUAGUUCUUGUACAAUUGUACCAAACAUUUGACAGAAGCAGUUGGUAAUGUUUCACCCCCCCCCCCUGUUCACGUAAGGUCCAUCUUCCACUUGAGAGUGAUACCGAUUGUAUUGUACGAUAUUGUAGAUGUAGUGUAGAGUACUUAAAGUAAAUACUAGUUAGAACUCCUAUUUAUUUAUUUGGGGACAGUGUUUGUUCCAGUUGGUAGUAAGUCACAAGAAAUAAUUUCAAAAUUAGACUCACCCUCGAGUUCGGGGUCAUCUGUGUACAUAAAUUUGCACAACGCCAGCUACUCAGCGUUGGCAACGGCCGGGGGUUGUAUCUUUUGGCUGGUUUUGUACAUAUUGAGUCACAUGUAGAAAGUGCCACUGUAUUAUAAUUUUUGUUUCAAAAGUUCCACAAUUCAUUUACUGUACUUGCCUUUUAACACUAGUUCUGGUCAAGAUGUUUUGUUGUUAACGAAAAGCGAAAUGAGCGAAUGUUUCAGAACAAAUGAAGUGAUUGUGUUAAAAAAAGGAGGCAAGUUUUUUGUUUUCAGAAGAACUGAAUUCAUCCACUUUUUUGUGUGUUCUGUUAAGCGUUUAAAAUGAAAAAAAAAUUUUUACUGUAACGGUUUUGCAUUACAGUAGAGUGUCUUGUAGUUUUAAUAUUAUUCGAUAAUAAAACAUAUUUUAACGAAGAAAAA